CACACACACACACACACACACACUCCAUGUUUUCCUGUAAGGCUGAUAAGUUAUAAACAAUCCAUUUGUGGCAAAGGACAACUGCAAUUUUUUGCGCUUCACUGGAGAAAAAUGAAUUAUUGAGACAUUUUUAUUUGAAAUAUCAGUCUUCUAAAACCUCCUAAAAAGUAAAAACCUCCUCUUCUACGUUUUGAGAAAGUCACAGGGUAUUGUCCUGUGAUUAAGGCUAAUCACUUCCUGCGCUGGGCUUAUCCAACAGCCUGCCUUAACAAACUAACCCGGAAAGACAGUCGCCACAGCCAUCCUCCAGAGACUGGCUGUGGUCAUUUCCGGCUACAGACGAACAGGGGGUGGGUGAUUGAGGGGAUGUGGAACUGAUAGCCAUGUUAACAGACGUGUUUUGAUGAAAUUAAAGUUGAGUAACAAUUUAUUAGGGUUGCCUUUUAUAUUGUACUCGUAUAAGACACUCAACAUUGACAAAAAGUUAAUGUAAAAUAUCAUUAAAGUAAUGAAUUUUAAGUAAUGUCAGACAUUUGUGGUUCAGUAUUUUGGGAUACAGGGCCCUCACGACAAGGGGGAAGAAACCCAUUGUUUUCAUUGUAUUUUAGAAAUGGUUCAAAGCUUCUUGUUGACGGGAAUGUUUUCAACGCAUAAUUUUUACUGUCAUAUUGUCACACAACCACACACACACGCACACACGUACACACACACAGAUGCACUCCUCUUUUGGUCUCCUAUCGCUUAUUGUCUCUCCUCCCUCAGACUCUCUGUUGUCUCUCUCUCUCUCUCAGCCCUCAGUCUCCCACUUUCUCUCUCUCCUCCCUCAGUCUCCCACUCUCUCUCGCUAGCCUCUUCUCACCCUCCGGAUUAUUCACACUCUGAGCAUCUCACUCACAUACUUCCUGAAGGACCGCGGAUGACCACUCUGUCCCAUUAGAAAUUCAAACCCUCCAAGACUCUUCAAGAUGCCGUGCUUCGGUGGAGGUAUACUGCUGUUGGAGUAGGGGCGUCCGUGGCCAGCCACAACUGAGGCCUGUGUGACCCCCGGAACCCUAGCGCCGGCCCAUGCUUUAGCCCAGACCAUGACCAGGGCGCCAUGAUGGCCUCCAUGGUUGCCAACGGAAACAGAGAUGGGCAGCCUCUGGUCCUCAAAGGCGUGGACCCAGAGACCUGCAUGAUCGUGUUCAAAAACCACUGGACUCAGGUGGUGAAGAUCCUGGAGAAGCAUGACCCUCUCCGUAGCGGCGGCGGCCUACCCUUGCUGGCGAGCAUCAGCCUGAGCGUGGGCGGCGGCGGCGGCGGCGGCGGCGGCGGCAUCCGCUUCGGCCCGGUGCCCAGCGUGGACGAGGCGAGCGCGGUGCAGAACUACGUGGAGCACAUGCUCUUCCUGCUGAUGGAGGAGGACAGCGGGCGCGAGGGCGCCAUGGGCCCCAUCCUGGAGUUCGUGGUGAUGGAGAACGUGAUGGAGCGGCUGUUCGUGUGGAGCCUGCGGCGGGAGUUCUCGGACGACAUGAAGCUGGAGCAGCUGAAGAUGUACGAGGCGCUGGUGGGGCAGGCGCGCCAGCCCGUGCUCCACCACAAGCCGGUGCUGCGGCCGCUCAUGAUGCUGCUGUCGGCGUGCGCGGACGCGGAGGCGCCGGGCGUGGAGGGCCAGCUGGUGCUGCUGCUGCACCAGCUGUGCUGCGUGCUGGCCAAGGACCCCUCGGUGCUGGAGCUCUUCUUCCACACCAGCGAGGACCAGGGCGCCGCCAACUUCCUCAUCUUCUCCCUGCUCAUCCCCUUCCUGCACCGGGAGGGCGGCGUGGGGCAGCAGGCCCGCGACGCCCUGCUGCUCAUCAUGGCCCUGUCGGCGGAGAACCAGCGCGUGGCCGAGCACAUCGCCCAGAACACCUACUUCUGUCCGGUGCUGGCCACGGGGCUGAGCGGCCUCUACUCCUCCCUGCCCACCAAGCUGGAGGUGCCCAACGAGGAGUGGCACUGUCUCCAUGGAGACGACUGGGCGCGCAUGCCCCCCCUCGUGCAGUUCCUCAACUCACUUGAGUUCUGCAACGCUGUCGUACAGGUGGCCCAUGCUGACAUCAGAGACCAGCUGCUGGGAUACAUCUACAAUGGCUUCCUGGUGCCAGUCCUGGCACCCGCUCUUCAUAAGCUGACCCUGGAGGAGGUGAUGACCACCACCGCCUACCUGGAGCUCUUCAUCAGGUCCGUGUCGGAGCCGGCUCUGCUGCAGACCCUGCUGACCUUCAUCCUGCUGCAUCGUCACGACAACGUGCACAUCCUGGACACGCUGGUCAGCCGCAUCAACACCCCCUACCAGCUGGGAACGGUAUCUCUGGCUCUGUUCCGCACACUCAUCGGCUUGUACUGUGAAGAUGUGAUGCUGCAGCUCAUCCUGAGGUACCUGAUCCCCUGUAACCACAUGAUGUUGAGUCAGAGGUGUGUGGUGCGGGAGAGGGACUGCUACUCCGUGUCGGCGGCCAAGAUGCUGGCGCUGACGCCGUCGUGCUGCACCCCGGAGCACGCCCCCCCGCCGCUCCGACAGCUGGACUCCAUCGUGUGGACCCGGGGCCACGCCGCGGGCCCCGGGAACCAUGGCGGCGCCACAGAGCGGGCGCGGGGCUCCCAGUCGGACGACGGCUCCUCGGACGUGUGCGUGAUCGGCUCGGAGGUGCACCUGGACGUCAGCUACCUGCACUACCUGUACGACGCGCGCCUGGGCAUCUCCGAGUGCAUGCGCGCCUGCCAGGUGUGGUCGGCGCCCUACGACGGCCGGGACCCCCCCGUCGAGGACUACCCGCCCCCCGGGGAGGCGCGCCUGGGCCCGGCGGCCCCGCCCCUGCACCCCCCUCCCCCGCCGCCGCCGUCCACGUCGGCGUCGGCGUCGUCGUCGCCCGCCCAGCAUCGCCACCCCACACUGGCCCCGCCCCCGGAGCCGCCGUCGACCAAUCAGCAGGAGCUGGAGUGGGACGACAGCUAUGACGCCUGCCCCGCGCAGGGCGCCGGAGGGGCGGAGCCGGAGGGGGGCCAGGCCCUCCCCCGGCCCCCCGCCGCCGAGCCCCCCCAACACAUCCAGGAGAUGAGGCGGACGGCCAUCAUGCUGGUGCAGGGGUCCUACGUCGAGGAGUCGGACUUCCAGGACGACGUGAUGGUCUACGACCUGGUGGCCAAGAGGACCACCGCUGACGCCGCCGGGGGGGGGGGCGACCCCGCCGCCCUCAGGUCCCCCCCGGGCGGCUCGGCUCUGCCGUCGGACGCCACGGAGUCGGCGGGGGACGGGCCGAGCCGAGCAGAUUCGUCCGCACCCGCCUCGGCGCCCCCCUCCCCCGGGGAGAGAGACUGCGCCGCUACCCCGGAGAGCCCCCGGGUGGACGACCUGCUCACCCAGUACCAGGAGCUCAUCGGCACCCUGAGCGCCGAGGUGGGCGGGGGGUCCGGGGGCGGAGAGCCCGCCGCGUGUCCCGCCCCCACCCUGGAGGAGGGGGAGGAGGAGGAGAUGGAGGGCAUGGAGGUGGACUACAGCUCCUUCUCCGCAGACACCCCGGAGCCGGAGAAGUCGCCGCUGGGCGCCAAGCACCCCCGGCCCGGAGGUCGAGGCCACGCUGUGCCUUUUACAGGCCCGUUUGUCAGCGUGCUGCUGUCCCGUCUGGAGAACAUGCUGGAGAACUCGGUGCACGUGAACCUGCUGCUGACGGGCAUCCUGGCCCAGCUGGCCGCCUACCCCCAGCCCCUGCUGCGCUCCUUCCUGCUCAACACCAACAUGGUGUUUCAGCCCAGCGUGCGCUCCCUCUACCAGGUCCUCGCCUCCGUCAAGAACCAGAUAGAGGAUCUGACGGAGAGCCAGAAGGACUUCCCAGGGAUGAUCACAGCUGCACAACACUGGCUUCUGGCCAGGGAGAGCUCCCUCGGAGCAGCAGACUCAGCCAAGGGAGGAGCCGGUGCCAUCGUCUCGGAGGGGUCAAAGGUCAACGCCUCUCCGCAGCCCAAGGGUGUGGUCUCGCUGGCCAACACGGAGGUGUUCGCCACCGUGCUCUUCACAGAGUUCCUGAAAGAGCUGGCGGCCAUCGCCCAGGAGCACUCCAUCCUCUCUUACAUCCCUAUGGAAGAGUGACCCCAAGGCCUCCACCCACUAUUUUUAUUCAAAAAUACAUUUUUAAAGACUUCCUUCUCUGCUUCAAGCACUAUACCAUGAAGAAUGAAGAUUUCUGAACAUUUUUAAAAGAUUUUCUUGAAAUCAGAUAGUGAUAAAUUAUGUGUUUUUAUUCCAAGAAUGUGUUGGGGUUUGGUGGAGUAUCUGCACUAGCCUACAGUAAAGAUAGGAAAAAUAUACUUUUCAAAUAAUGGGGUUGCCUAUACUCUGUCUGCACUCUGAUGCACCCCUCUCCACCUUAUAUGUAAAUAUUUAUUUUAGCAAAUAUUUGUAACUGCGGAAUAGCUUAUAAUAGCCAGAUUCAGGUCAACCCACCAAAGAUUGAAUCGUAACUAUUCUCUUCAGUCAGAUGGAUCCAAGAUGGCCACUCGGUGAAUAAGGCCCAAUAUACACCAUUACCAUAUGGCUUAUUUUUAAGAAGCCUGGUGAAGUACACACAAAUGUAAGGGCAGAGAAGCCUCAACUAUAAUGAAAUGAUGUCAAUGACCGUAAUCUCUCUGCUAUUCCAUAGCUCGGCCUGCCUUAGACGAUUUCUGCCUUUUUGUUGCCAUAGGAUGACAUUAGCUAGCCCUGUGUGAAGGCUAGCUCUCCACUGUUGCUCAGACAGAUGAGAAGAUGGGUUAGGAUUUGAAUACAGCAAUUGUUACAUUUGCAUUUGCAUUUGUUUUGCUAUUUUAUUUUUUUAGCGACAUUAUCAUUCGUCAAAGUAAUAUUCUAAACAAACUUAUUUUCAGUUCAAGCUGCACCUCAGGAACCAAUGAGUACUUAUUUGUCAGAAUUCAAAAUAACACAUCGGCAAGAAAUUCACAGGUGUACUAUGUGCAAAAGAUGACAGUUGACUUGUUUGGCACAAAUAGAAUAUUACUUGUUCUACUUUUCCUUAUUUAGUAAAGCAUCAUUAUAUUCUUGUAUGACAAAUGUUUCCAAGAGAUAUAUCACUAUGCAAAUGAAAGAUAUUUUGGGCUAUGACUAGUAUUUUGCUUUGGGAAUGGGUAUUUAAGCUUUUUUAGAUUGUUAAUUAAUUGGUUCUCUAUCGAUUAUCGUAUCGAGUUGUGUGGCGCUGUUCUUUACUAUGGGAAUGCGUUGAGCCUGGUAUGGAGUCUGUGUCGUUAUGAUAAUGUCACAUUGAGGCGGGUGUUUGUUGAUUUACUGUGUCACGUUGGAAACACUCAAGACCCCAGACAGGGGGUUGUCCAUCUUACAUUAUCUCCAUGUUCUGACUGAACACCUCGCAUCAGAACGGAGUCAUUAAGGUUCAUACUGUUACAAAGCUCCCCUUUGUGGCGUCCCUUUGUAGAGCAGUGUUUACUUAGUGCCUGACUUUGGAUUUUGGUUCAUUUCUUGCCUUGACUUGCCUCGUGGAUUAACAAAGGAAUAAAACCAUAUUAUAGUUACCUCAAAUGUUAUACAUCUGUAUACUGGAAUUAUUCUCAUUGAGCAAAGAAAAAAAAAAAGGAUGUAUAUAUUGUCUUGUUCAGUGACAACUGUUGCUUGUUUUAUCGGUGGGUAGUUUUCCCCUUUUAUUCACGUCUUUUCAUCGUUUUAUAUUCAAAAACAUGGAUUAUGAACUUUUGAGGGUUUUAACAAACCAAUUGUAUUGAUAGAAAUAAGCAAGAGUGGUAUUUGCCUAAGCAUAAAAAACUAUGAUUAAAAUAUUGAACUUCUUUUAGUAGUUUGGUAGAAUUUAGUGAGAAGACUUAAAAAACCAGCAAUCCUAUUGAAUUGAAUGAACAGAAAACAUGUCUGUAUUUGAAGAUUGUUUAUAAAAUAUAUAUGUACGGAUUCUACUAUGCGGUAGAAUCACAUGGAAUGUACUGAGGACAAUCAAAGUCGUUUCACAAUCUCUUUUUGGGGAUAAUGCCAUUUUCUCUUUCAAACCUAGAGUACUGUGGCACUUUGAUAACGUUUUUAUUCAACAGCACUCUGCAGUGGACUUGACGGCCCUAACAGUUUUUCUAUUUUGCAUAAAGGCUAGGUUAUUCUUCCAAUUAUUGCGUUUCAGGAAAAACUGGUAUUUAAAUGGAAAAAGACUUUUUCUGUAUGUUUUUAUCCAAAAGAAACUUGUUCAAUUUGCAGUGCAGUCUUCAAAGAUUUGGGCCUAAUUAAAGCGUUGCAUUUUUCUAUUCGGCUGCAUUCAGAUUUUAGAGACACAAAGGCAUGUCCUGUUUAAUAAAAACCUCUUGUCAAAUCACA